UAGAAUAUAUUUAAUUGGCGAUAGAUGUUUUGGGUGUUGUAACGACACAAAACAAUAAAUACAUGCGGGUUGUCAUUCUGUCCUAAAUUAUUUAGGCCUUCUCAGUCAGCAUUUGGCUAAAUCAGCUAGCUAUGCUAGCUGCUAGCAUUGACGAGCUUUUGUAGCUAGCUGGACUGUGACACCGUUUGUUUACGUUAGCUCUGCUAACAUUAAUAAUUAUCUAUUUUCUGACAUCGUAAUAAAUGUCUACAAAUUUACAGCACUUGUCAUACAUCAAACCACUUGGAACUAUGGAGCAGUGUGCAUGUGUGGAGCGGGAGUUGGAGAAAGUGCUCCACCGCUUCGUAACGUAUGGUCACCAGUCUGAGGAGCGGUUAGAUGAGCUGCUGCGCAGUGUUUGUGAGAUACGAGGACAGCUUCUUGCUUUUGGAGUACAAGAUGCAGACAUAUCAGUCUUAUCUCAGACAAUGGCCCAGUGUUGUAAAAACAUCAAAGAAACAGUGCAGAUGCUAGCAUCCCGACAUAAGGACAUCCACGGCAGUGUGUCAAAAGUGGGCAAAGCAAUUGACAGAAAUUUUGAUGCAGAGAUCAGUGCAGUUGUGGCAGAGACUGUGUGGGACACACCUGAAAGACAGAAAUACCUGAGUGAGAGUAUUGUGGAGCAUCUGUAUAGACAAGGGAUGCUAAGUGUAGCAGAGGAUCUUUGCCAGGAGUCUGGUGUUGUCAUAGACAUGAGUAUGAAACAGCCUUUUUUGGAGCUGAACCGGAUCCUUGAAGCAUUGCGGAUGCAGGACCUCAGGCCAGCAUUAGAGUGGGCUGUGACAAAUCGACAGCGCCUUCUGGACUUAAACAGCAGUUUGGAAUUUAAGCUACACCGCUUGUACUUUAUCAGUCUGCUCAGCGGAGGCAUCACUAAUCAAAUGGAGGCUCUACAGUAUGCCAGACAUUUCCAGCCUUUUGCCUCUCAGCACCAGAGAGAUAUUCAAAUCCUGAUGGGUAGUCUGGUGUACCUAAGACAUGGCAUUGAGAACUCUCCAUACCGAAGUCUUCUUGAAACAAAUCAGUGGGCUGAGAUCUGUAACAUCUUCACCAGAGAUGCCUGCGCUUUACUGGGCCUCUCUGUGGAGUCUCCUCUUAGUGUUAGUUUUGCAUCAGGCUGUAUGGCUUUGCCCGUGCUGAUGAACAUAAAGCAGGUGAUAGAACAAAGACAGUGUAGUGGGGUCUGGACACACAAGGACGAACUGCCCAUUGAAAUUGACCUUGGGAAGAAGUGCUGGUACCACUCUGUGUUCGCCUGUCCUAUUCUUCGGCAACAAACCUCAGAGAGCAACCCCCCAAUGAAGCUCAUCUGUGGCCAUGUCAUCUCCAGAGAUGCCCUCAAUAAACUGACCAAUGCUGGGAAGUUAAAAUGCCCUUACUGCCCCAUGGAGCAGAAUCCAUCACAUGCCAAGCAGAUAUACUUUUGAUACCACAUACUCUCCCUGUGAGUAAGGAUGAAGUUCCCUGGAGCUCUUUGCGUUUCUAGGACCAUUUGCUCUGGCCCUUUCCUCUGUUCCUGGCCGCGUGGCCUUAUUGUAAGCAAUAAGGUUUUACCCCAGUGCUCCUUUGGACAGUCUUGGCCAUUCUUUAACCCACCUGGGGGGCCUCCGAAUUUAUAGUACACAGAGUUCAGUAAGGAUGGUACAUCCACAGCCUGUAGUUUAGUGAGGAGUUUGUCAUAACUAAAAACAUCCUCAUAAAGAAGACCUUCUGAAAAAGGAUCACACGUUGAAACUCAUUUGAAGAUGCCCACAGAGUUAUAGACUUAUCCUUUUAAAUUAUGUAAUACUUCAUAGUUUAUUUUUCUUUGCUUUCUUCACUGUCUUGAGUUGGAUGACUGUUUUUUUUUUUUUAAAAUGAUUAUGGAUGGGUGAGUAUGGAUAUGCGGUAUAGAUAGGCUGUUUCUAAUAUCAGGAUCAGAAUAAACUUCUAUUAUAAUACACGAAAAAAGACAGUAACAGAGUUUUGUGAAGGUUAUUAUUUGCUGGUUAAAAAAAAAACUGGAGGUCUAUGUUGUUCGUGACCCUUUAGUUCCCAGGGUUGUGAUAAAGGCCUCGCAUAGUGUCGCUGGGGAUGAGGCUUCUCUUUGACCGGCGGAACAAUUAACUCGUCAAUGGUGGAACAGCUUUUUUGUGACUGACUGCACCAGCAAGUUUAUCAUCAAUAUAGAAGCCAUUUGUGUUGAUCUAUGUAUGUAUUUAACAAACAACAAAAAACAAAAACUAUAUAUACAUAUAUAUACUACUGUGAAAUGUGCUUUGUUUUUAUUUUUCAUUGGCAAAGCCAGGGCGGCUCAUGUAAAAUAGCAACUCAAACUGAACAGCAACGUGCAUAAUCAACACUACUGUAUAAGCCUCCCAAGCAACGACUGGACAGUCCACAUCGCGGCUGUGCCAUUGCCUCACUCUGCGCCCUGCUGUGUGUCCUAGGCUUGCAAAACCGUGCGAUUUGGAGAUGUCAAGUGACGUGAUGGUAGCCGUAUGGUCUGACUUGCAGUGACUGUAGGCUUGUGAUUCAGCUUUUAAUCAUCGUAGGUGGGGAAGUCCUCUGAUCGCUGUAGCUGUUGUUUGACUAUACUUAGACAAUGCCUCUGCUGCACAGGUUUGGCUUUUAUUUGAGGUUUGAGUCAGAUUAUAAAUAUUAAUAUUCAUACAUUCACUCAGGGCUCAUUGUAACAGUUCAUACAACACCUGGAAGUUAGUAUUAAAGUUGUACAUUUAUAUAGGGAGUGUUGAAGACAUAAAUAAACUAUUUCAAUAUUCAGGCCCAGGGUUCGGUGUGGCUUGACUUUGUACAUAUAUUAUUCAACUGGUGAUGUUUUAGCAUACACUUGGGGAAAGUGUGCAACACGAACCGAGAGAUGUGGGCGUGCACUACAGUAUGUUUAGCUGAUCAGUACUGACAGUGGUUGUUCCUGGUGAUGUCACCUCACGCUCUGGUGAGGCUCAUUUGUUCUGAAAGCACUGCACCAGCAUAUCUCACACACACACACAAAGCAACUUUACAGCUAGUUAAAGGUAGAUAUUUAUCCUGGUUUGACUUUGGGAUGGUCUGAAGCACGUGCUGUGUGGAAUUUCACCGGAUUUCCUUUCCUUUCUUUUCUUGGUUGACAAUCAUUCAUUUCUUCUUUGAGUGUACCUUCGGAUAGCCUGCUAGCACUCUGUACUUCUAUCCUAUUAACUUUCUUGAAUGUUUGCAUUUCCUGCUUUUGUGUGUUAUGCAACCCUUUAUUGUAAAUAUUUAUCCUCUAACAUGUUUCAUAUACUUGCAUCUGAAAUUAAAAAAUAAAACUUUAUACUCCA